AUGGUUCGUGAGAACAACCUCAUCAGACUCCGGGAGAUCAGAGACAAAGUCAUUGCCGAUAAUGUCAACUUUGAGAGCAUUGAUGUCAGCUUGGCCACAAUAGACCGAGUUCUCCAGCGCCAAAAGAUGCGGAUGAAACAGGUCUAUAGGGUUCCCUUUGAGCGCAACUCUGUGCAACACAAAGACCUACGUUACAAGUAUGUGCAAAGGAUAAUACAGUUGGAUGCGAUGGCCAGACCUCAUGAGUACCUCUUCCUGGAUGAGGCUGGCUUCAACCUGCACAAACGAAGGCAAAGAGGCCGUAACAUCAUUGGCCAAAGAGCCAUCACUGAGCCUGGUGAGACGCAGGAGGAGCCCGGUCCGGAGAAACCCCACAGAGCCCAGAACCUCCAAGUGCCAAACACUCCAGGUCUAGGCAGAGUACUCCUACAUAUCAAGUGGCCUCCAGCAAAGCAGCACAAGCUGUGGCACCAGUUUGAUGAGGAUACAUCUAGAAUCAUCAGUGUAACAGCAAAGGGUGAUGUGGAAGGACGACUUCUUAAUCUGACUACAAUCAUCACAAGUUUCGCGACUGAGAGGUUCGGCGUAGAAGGGCCUAAGUUGAGUAAACAUACCUAUACCAGGAACCGCAGGUCAGAUAAGAUCCAUCAACUCCGGAAAGAGCUGCGGAUUCUGACGAAGCAGUUCAGGAAAGCAGCUGAGGAGGAGAAGCCAACUCUCAGCGAGCUUCGGCAGAUUAUUAGAAAGAAGCUCAUGAUGAUGCGUAGAGCAGAAUGGCAUAGGAGGCGGAGAGUUGAAAGAGCCAGGAAGCGAACCUCAUUUGUAGGACCCUUUGGCUUUACAAAAAGACUGCUGGGAGAGAAGCGUAGUGGACGUUUGGAUUGCCCUAAGGAAGAGGUAGAUCACUUCCUGUAUAACACCUUUAGUGAUCCAGACAGAGAGCAAGAGUUAGGGCCACAGACAGCCCUCUUGAAGGUACCAGCACCACUAGUUGAGUUCAACACUUUAGAACCCACCUGGAAUGAAGUUCAAGAGGUGGUACCAGCAGCCAGAGCGAGUUCUGCUCCAGGUCCCAGUCAAGUACUUCUCAGUGUGGAGGGCAAAAUCUUCUUUAGCAUUUUAGCUAGAAGGAUGACAGACUUCCUACUGCAGAAUGGUUAUAUUGACACAUCGGUACAAAAGGGCGGCAUUCCUGGAGUGGCAGGGUGCCUGGAACAUACUGGAGUCGUCACACAAUUCAUAAGGGAAGCACGUGAGGGAAAUGGAGAUUUAGCUGUGCUUUGGCUGGAUCUUGCCAAUGCAUAUGUGUCAAUCCCUCACAAGCUGGUUGAGACGACUCUAGAUCGGCACCAUGUACCCUGUAAGAUCAAGGGUCUCAUUCUGGAUUAUUACAGUAAUUUCAGGCUGAGAGUUACUUCAGGGAGCAUUACAUCAAACUGGCAUCGACUCGAGAAAGGGAUAAUUACUGGCUGUACAAUUUCUGUGAUCCUUUUUGCUCUCGCGAUGAAUAUGUUGGUCAAGGCAGCUGGAACGGAGUGCAGAGGCCCCCUGUCCAAGUCUGGGAUCCGGCAGCCCUCGAUCAGAGCCUUUAUGGAUGACUUGACAGUCACCACUACCUCAGUGCCUGGGUGCAGGUGGAUUCUCCAGGGCCUGGUUAAGCUCAUUUCUUGGGCGAGGAUGAGCUUCAAGCCAACAAAAUCCAGGUCUAUGGUACUGAAGAGAGGGAAAGUGGUGGACAAGUUUCGCUUCUCAGUGGAUGGCAUAACAAUACCAUCAAUUAAUGAGAAACCAGUCACUAGCUUAGGUAAGGUUUUUGACUGUAGCCUCAGAGAUACUGCGUCAAUACAGACAACGAUCAAAAAGCUGGAAGCUUGGUUGUCGGCAGUAGAUAAGUCAGGUUUACCUGGCAGAUUUGAGGCAUGGAUAUACCAGCAUGGCAUUUUGCCAUGGAUUGUUUGGCCGCUGUUGGUGUAUGAAGUGUCGAUGUCUACAGUAGAGGCCCUGGAGAGGAAGAUCAGCUGUCAUCUCCGAAAAUGGCUUGGCCUGCCUCACAGUCUAAUGAGUGUAGCACUAUAUGGCAGGAGUAAUAAGCUUCAGCUUCCUUUCAGCAGUCUGGAGGAGGAGUUCAGGGUUUCUCGUAUAAGAGAGGCCCUAGUCUAUCAAGGCUCUGGAGAUUCUAGAGUAACAGCAGCAGGUAUUGAAGUUCGAACAGGAAGGAAGUGGAGAGCAUAAGAGGGACUGGAGUUGGCAGAGUCUCGGCUGAGAUACAAGGCACUUGUGGGUACAGUGGCAACGGGGCGAGCAGGUUUGGGAGCAAUCCCAAAGCCACAGUACAACAAGGCUCAGGGCAAGGUGAGACGAGAAUUGGUCCUAGAGGAAGUCCGAGCAGGUGUUGAGGAGGUGAGGACCAGCAGGGCAGUCAGCAUGCAGCAGCAAGGGGCAUGGACGAGGUGGGAAGGAGCGCUGGAGAGGAAGAUCACCUGGAAUGACAUCUGGAAGGCAGAGCCACAGCGUAUUAAGUUCCUGGUCCAAGCUGUGUACGACGUGCUCCCCAGCCCAACGAACUUGCAUGUUUGGGGCAAGAGUGAAGUUCCAACGUGUCCACUCUGUCCUCGACGAGGGUCUCUGGAGCAUAUUCUGAGUAGCUGUCCAUCUGCCCUUGGAGAGGGCCGAUACCGUUUGCGACACGAUCAGGUCCUAAAGUGGAUAGCAGAGACCAUUUCACAGGCAGUGGCCAACAAUAAAUAUGUUGAAAGCCAGAGAAGAAUUGCCUUCAUAAGGGCUGGUGAGCAGGCGCAAGCAAAGCAAAAAUCAAUUAGCCUCGUUUCAUCUUCAGCAGACUGGGAGCUGCGGGUUGACCUGGGUAGGCAGCUCAAGUUCCCGGAAUUUGUAACAUCAACCUCAUUGAGACCCGAUAUAGUUUUAACAUCUGCAUCGUCCAAGCAAAUCCUUUUGUUGGAACUGUCAGUCCCAUGGGAGGACCGCAUGGAAGAGGCAAAUGAGCGUAAGCGGCUCAAGUACCAGGAGUUCAUUGAGGACUGCCGAAGGAAGGGCUGGAAGGCUUGCUGUGAGCCUACAGAAGUAGGGUGCAGAGGCUUUGCCGCUCGAACCCUGUGUAAGAUCUUUGCCAGGCUUGGAAUCACAGGAGCGGCAAAGAGGAGAGCCAUUAAGUCCAUCACAGAAGCCGCAGAAAGAGCCUCGAGGUGGAUUUGGAUCAAGAGGUCCGCAAAGUGGGCCAGUGCUGCUGGGACACAAGUUGGGGCGUGAUCAACCCCAGCUGGGUCACCUGAGAGAGGGUGUCUGAUGUUGUGAGA